GCUAGUGCUAGAAAAAAAGGGGGGCGUGUCCUCCUUCACUUUGAUAGAACUGGACUUCAACGCUGGACCUUGGGAUGAGCUACACUGCCUGGAUCUCACCUGGCCUGAGAUGGAGGGUCGGGCAAGACAGGAUCGGAAGAAAAAUCACGAGAAUUGUUAAACGACUUAUAAUUUAGAGAACAACCGAAGUCUUCGUUCCUCCAGGGCGACAAGCAACUGUAGUUUUAAAAAAAGAGUCCACUUUUUUUGGGAUGAUUUGUUGUAGAUGAACAUCCAGCAGAAGCCAGUGACGGAGGCAGGGCAGGUAUGCACUUACUCAAAAUGAGUAAGUCUCGGAUCUUCCAGAUCUGUGGUAUCAUGGCCUCUGUGUUUAUGAUUCUACUGAUCAUAUUUUAUUGGGAUGAUGUUGGGACAGCCCGUUUCUACUUGCACACGGCAAUCACAAGAAUUCAGGUCACACGCCUUCCUCCAAUGAUAGACCUAAACCAUGACCAGCUAAAUUCCAAAAAGACAGUAGAAGAAAGAACGCCCAGUUCUGAAGCUGAUAUUAUUCAGGAUGACCUUGACUUGACAUAUCUGGAAAACACAAAGAGAUAUCAAAAGGGAGGAGAUUCCCAUGAGAUAGAAGAAACUUUCAAUGCAAUAUCUGUACCCAGCUUUGAGGAGCAACUCCCAGGCUUUGACUUGGGAACCAAUGCUGCAAAAACUAAGACCGAGUUAGAAUGGACACAGAAUGAGAGGAAACAGAAAAUUAGAGAUGUUUGCGAAGACUCCAGUAUCACGUUCUCAGGGAAAAACAGGAAUUUUGAAGAUAUUCCAAAUAAAGAAUUGGACCAUCUAAUUGUGGAUGACCGACAUGGGAUUAUUUACUGUUAUGUUCCCAAAGUGGCCUGCACUAAUUGGAAGCGGAUCAUGAUUCUAUUAAGCGGAAGUCUUUUAAAACAAGGCACUCCUUACCGUGAUCCACUUGAGAUCCCCAGGGACCUUGUGCAUAACUCCACCAGCCAUUUCACCUUCAACAAGUUCUGGAAGCAUUAUGGCAAAUUCUCAAAACACCUCAUGAAGAUCAAAUUGAAAAAGUACACCAAAUUUCUCUUUGUACGCGAUCCUUUUGUAAGACUAAUUUCAGCAUUCCGCAGCAAGUUUGGAAAUAAGAAUGAGGACUUUUACAGUCGCUUUGCAAUCCCAAUGCUCCAACUGUAUGCUAAUUAUUCGAACCCGCCAUCAUCUGUCAAUGAGGCUUUCUCUGCAGGAAUCAAGCCCACCUUUAUUAACUUCAUUCAGUAUUUGUUAGACCCACGGACUGAGGAAGAUAUGCCUUUUAAUGAACACUGGCGACAGGUAUACAGGCUUUGUCACCCAUGUCAAAUAAAUUAUGACUUUAUUGGAAAACUUGAAAGUUUGGACGAGGAUGCUAGUUACUUACUAAAGUUGUUGAACGUGGAAAAGUUUGUUCAGUUUCCACUCAGUUUACGGAACCGGACAGUUAGCAGCUGGGAAGAGGACUGGUUUUCAAAAAUUCCAGUGGCUUGGAGAAAAAAGCUGUAUGAACUUUACCAGCCUGAUUUUGUUGUCUUUGGUUAUCCCAAACCGACAAAUUUAUUAUUUGGCUGAUCUCAAAGGUGCACUAAAAGCCUUAAAGAAAAUGGGUGUGCAUUGAAUGCCUCAUGUGCAACUCCUUGGUGGACUUCCAUCUUGCCAGGAAAAUGUUGGCAGUAUUGUGAAAAUGUCACAAUUUCAAAACACAUUGAUUAGAUUACAAUAUGUGUAAUUCUUCCUCACUCCCAUGUGCUAAUAUUUUUAUUUUGGCCAGUAAAGUAAAGCAGGUCCUCUUGCCAAUGGAUAGACUUGAUAACCAAUUGGAAAUCUAGCCUGAUAAUCCGGUUUCUGAAUUUUAUAUUCCAUAUUUGCUAAACUGAUAGGCAGUGGAAUACAGUCACUGGGAUUUAUCAAUGAGAUGUUCCUUACCGUGAUGUAAUUAUAAUAUUUUGAGCGAUUGAAUGUUGACCACUCUAUACCAAUCAGUGAAAAAUCGAAAGCAAAUUUACUUAUGCUUUUUGAAGUUGAAACAAGAACUGCUUAAUACUGAUUAUUAGAAUCAGUGUCAGGCUUGAUGCUGGGAGAAAGGGCUUGGCUUUAUGAAUACCUGCUAACUGCUGUGAUAUUGAUUUUAAGUAUAAUUUCCUCCUCCUUUAAUAUUUCCUGACUUUAAAAGUCCAGACUUUGAUUUACAUAUUCACUUGAUAUACCUUGCUUGUUUUCGAAAUCUUUUUCAAUCUUGAUGGUGUCCUGCAUAACAGGCCUUGACUCAUCAUCAGGAUUUCUCAAUCUUCUUUUAAAAAAAGUAUCCUAGCCUAAUACUGUGCACACCUUCUGAUUUUCAUAAUUCAAUUUGGUAUAGCAACUUGAAAGUAACCUUCCAUGGGAAAGUUGAGUCCAUGAUGAAGAAUUCUUACUUGAAUUAAAAUAUCUCUCUGAGCAGAAUGCUAGAGUGCAAUAUUGGGUUAGUUCUAAAUGUAGCCCUACUAUUAUUACAGGCAAAUUUUAACUUUGAUUUCAUUUUAUUUCUACUAAGCACAUUGGCAAGUGGCAUACAAGCAAUGCCACUUGUAGCUAUUAUGCUUGGAUAAGUGUCAAAGCAAAGUCAUGUGCCUUGUAUUCCCCAUUACAGCAAAUAUGUUUUGCACAUAAUCCAGGAUGUGUCAAAUUUCAGUUAGUAAGUUGAGCUACUGACCCUAGUCAAUUAAGCCACAUAGAAAUGUGUCUCAACAUUGACUAAUGGUAAAUAUUAUACAAAUUGUAUAUUUUAUACAUUUAUGGGAUAAAGCAAUAGAUUUUGUUUUUGAGAGUUACAGAAGUGUCUUGUUUAUAAUUUUGAGGAUUUUUGCACAUUUUGUUGUUGUAUAGCCUAAGAGACAAUAGUUAUAAAGGGAAAACUAAGCGAUUAUUUUCUGUACUAAAUAAUCAGCUUGUGUUUUUUUUAAAUCCUGUUACUUUAGAAGAUGUCUUAAACAAAAAUAAUUUUUGCCUCAUGGAAAUCUGAUAUUUUGGGUUUGUUUCACUCAUUAACUGCAUAAUAACUGCUUUAAUUUUAAUGGGGACUAACUGGCCCUUUAGCGCAGACUGGAGAAAAUUGGAAAUGUUCAUCUGUGGGGCCGUUGUUGCUGGUCUUGAAGCAUCAGCUGCCAUUAAAUUAGUGAAACUCUCCCAGAAUGCACACAUUAAAAUUCAGGCUUUCUGCAACACUCCUUCUUUGGGUUCAGUGCAAAAAGGCAAGCUGUAUAAGCAAAACUCCUCCCAUGAUCUGAAACUUCAUAUGUGUGCAACAUGUUAGACAGUGUGUUGCACUGCUAAUGACUAUGAUUUUUCUGAUUGUAUUAGACAAAAAGUCUUGUGCCCAAAGCACCUCACAGCCAAUGAAGUGUAGUCACUGUUGUUUGCGGGAAAAUCAGACACUUUAAUGUCCCUCGAACAGCAUUAGGUGAAUGAAUGAUCAGUUAAUCUGCUUACUUGAACCAAUGAAUGUCUAUCCCAAGGGUCGUUCCUCUGACAAUGCAGCAUUCCUUCAGUUUAGGUGAUAUGUUGAAGUCCUAAGUUGGGGUAUGAGCCCAUCACUUUCCGACUCAAAAUAGACAUGGCAAACACUGAACCAAACUUAUAUUUAAAGCACUGGAGACCCAGAUGGGCUUUUCACCACAUACUCCUCCUUACUUUGAAAUUCAGGAAUCUCAUUGUGAGAACGUAUGAUUAAAGCUAAUAACCUAAUCCCUCUAUAAGUGAGAGAAUUUCACGAGUAGAAAAGUACAGCCAGAUAAAUUUCACAUAUAAAAAAUAAUUUGAAUUACUUCUCAAGGGUUUAAAUGUAAGUUCCAGAAAGUAUUUCCCUCAGUCUGAUUUGAAAGACUUUCAAGUGACAUAGGCUUUUUUCUGACUUUUUGAAGUGUUAUUUGCACACCGAUGUGAUACCCUACCUACUCCACUGAGUCUGAAUGUAAUUUUUUUUAAAUUACAAUGGAGAAAAUCUGGUUUCUGAACUUGAACAUUGAGGCAUCGAUGACUGGUGCAGCAGUGCCUUUAUAUAAAAAAAAAAGCUUUUCAUGUCACUGAUGUUAAUAACAGCCUUCUUUUUUCCCUCAGGUAAUAAAUCUGUUUAUAAGUUUGUACUCUUUGAUGCCAGUCAGCAAAAUAAAACCAAUCCACACCUUGA